AUGGAGACUACAUUUUUCAAUGUGGUAGUGGACACUGCGAUUUCCUCUCUUAAUGAGAGGUUCAAGACCUUGGGCGAGGUGAAUGAAAAGUUCAAGGUAUUGUUAGGGUUCACGGACAUGUCUGACAAAGACAUCGUCGAUCACUGCCAAACCCUCAGCAACACGCUUACUCAUGAGGGACACUCAGACAUUGUUGGAAGGGAAAUGGCUAUGGAGCUGCAGAGUGUCCCAGAUUUGCCUUCCAAGAGAAUGACAACAAUGGAUUUUCUCACCUUCCUGCAUGAAAAGAAACUUACUGAAGUAUUCCCGAACUUGUGGGUAGCUCUGCGGAUCUGUGCAACUCUCCCUGUAACGGUGUCGGCAGCAGAGCAGAGCUUUUCUAAGUUAAAACUGAUAAAAACUUAUUUCCGAUCCACAAUGGCGCGGCAACGUCUUAGUGGGCUGGCCAUCAUCAGUGUGAACCAUGCAUUGUCUAGGGAAUUAUCGUAA